AUGAGUGACUAUGACAGGUUGAAAGUCAUUGUUGUCGGUGACUCGGGGGUGGGCAAAACCGCCUUUGUGCAUUUACUCUGCUAUGAGCAGGUUCUCCCUAAUCCAUCGUGGACAGUAGGCUGCAGUAUUGAAUUAUCGAUUUUUCCGCGGCCUGGAUCCACUGACAAUGCUAUAAAUCGAAUGGGACAUUCUAGGACGCUUAACGGCGAGCGCUAUUUCGUUGAAUUCUGGGACAUUGGGGGGUCGGCAAACCAUGCUAACACUCGUUCCGUAUUUUACGACAAUGUGCAUGGUGUUAUUCUGGUUCACGAUCUCACCAACAAGAAGUCGGAGGCCAACCUGGAGAAAUGGCUGAUCGAGGUCACUUCCAAAGGGCGAGCGUACGUAAACAAUUCAUUAUGGAUUUUUCUUGUGACCUAA